ACAGGACGGAGACAGAAGGCCGCCUUCGGAGUGGCUGAUGCUGCCGCUGUGGCGGCCUGGGAGAAGCAGACCCAGCAGGAGGGGACUCCCCUCACCAGAUACUACAGCCAGUGGAAGAAGCUGAGGGAGAAGGAGAUCCAGCUGGAGAUCUCUGGCAAAGAGAGGAUGGAGGACCUGGACCUGCCGGAGAUCAAACGGACGAAGAUCCAGGAGAAGAAGGCGGAGGACAAGAAGGAAUUCAAGGAUCUGUUCCAGUCUGACAGCGACUCAGACGACAGCGACAUGGGACUCAAGUUCAAAAGUAAGAAGAGCAGCCAAGACUCGGAUGAAGAUGAGGAUCUCUCUGACUCGAGCGCCGAGGAAGGAGAGUCAGGCAAUGAAGACGACGACGACGAAGAGGAGGAUGAAACGGCCUCCAAGGCUCCUCAGCCGCUCUCCUCCGCUGCUCUGAUAAAACUGGCAGAGGGAGAGGAAGACGUGGUUGAAGACCUGCAGCUGUCUGAUGAAGACUGAGCCGCUGAGUUUUUGCUUUGUUACCUUCAUACUGUGUGUUUUUUGGACUCUCCAUUUCAGAAUACUGCAUCUCUUCAUGUGUACAGAACAAAUGACAUCAUAAUGGUAAGAUAAAUUUGUAGGAACCCAGA